GUAGGAACCUAGUUUUGAUUGUUAAAGCUUGCUGUUGAGCAGGAUCUAUUAAAUACAUGGCGGACCCUGCUCCAGCGCCGCUCGCGGAGCCUUCUAACAAGAGUCAAAUAAAGUAUGCCACGAGCGACUCUUCCUCAGGAGACUUCGGCAACAUCAUAGGUAUCAACAACAACGUAUCACAGGAGAGCAUCGUCACAGGGCUAUGGAUCAGCACCAUCAUCGGGGCCGCGGUCCUGAUCCUUUUCUGCAUAUUGCAACGAAGCAGCCAGCUGUAUCGAUACCGCUUGGUGACUCCAAAUGUGCGCGCGCCGCCACCCGCGCUCAAGUCAGCGGGCUUUGCCUCGUUGCUGGACUGGGCGGUCAAGGCAAUUGCGGUGUCAGACCUCGAUCUGGUCCAGUCUGCAGGCCUAGACGCCCUGAUCAUGGUCAAGCUAUGCUCCUUGGGGGUUCAGCUGUUCCUGCCGAUGGCUAUCCUCGGAGUCUGCGUGUUGAUUCCCUUGCACUGGACGGGAGGUGAAACCGCAACGACCAACGCGCAGCACUCUGACUUCAUGCGUCUCACAAUGGCCAACAUAAUGCUCAAGUCCAAGCGCUUCUGGGUACACCUCGUGUUCAUAUACCUGUACCUGGGCUGGGCGAUGCUGCUGCUGCGCUGGCACUACCAUCAGUACCUCACCAUCCGCCAACACUACCUGCGCAAAGGUGACGCCAACUUGAACGUGUGGCGGACGCUGUAUCACGACAACCCCCGGGGUGUGGGCAAGGAAAAGGCCCUGUCAGACGCGGAGCGGGUGCGCGGCUUCCUGGCCAAUGUGCCGCUCCUCAAGGCACUGCUGCCUACCGGCGUGAACGUUCACGCCGACGCAACUGAGCCUGGAAUGAGGGCGCCCUCGGCAACCAGCAGUGACGAUGACGGCGAGGACACCUUCGCAGCGGCAGACGACGGUGUGGGCGGCUCGCCGACUGGCGCGCGCCACUCCCCCAUCCGCGCGCUUCACGCGACACACUCGCGGUUGCAAGUCGGGACAGGCGGCCUGGCGCGUCUGUCGGGCAAGCGCCCGCCUGCUGUGGUCACUGACCUCGGCAGCGCGACGGGUCCGGGACUCGGUCCGCUCACGUCGCAAACGCCCGACACCUCAGCCCGCCGUGUGCACAGCAAAUUCCAUUGGGGCACACACGGCGCGGCGGGCGACAGGCUGGCUGACGAGCAGCUAAUGAAGCUGCCGCCACCCUCCUACCUGACCCGAACGGGUUCGCGCCGCAUCACACAUGCGGACCGGUCAAUGCUCAGGGGCAACAGUGACCACCUGUCUGCAGCACCGGGCGCCAGCGCGCACGCGCGGCGGCGCGCCAGCGCCACCGCCGGCCACUGGGGCGGUGGCCUGAGUCACGGCAGCCUGGCCGUGGCCGUGUCCGGUAACAUGCACGCAACAGCUCCAAAUGCUGCCGGUGGUGGGGCUGGCGAUGGGGCUCCUGGGGAAGCACCAUGUGAGGGCUUCGGCACCUUGGAAGGCGGGCCGUCACGGCGGCGGGUACAGCGCAACAGCCAAAGUGUGGGGCCGCGUAUGCUGGCCGGUGGCUGCAGCGCAGACAGCACCGCUGGUGUGGGUCUGGGCGUAACUGGUGCGGUCACAGCUGGCGGCAGCCCGCCUGGGGUUGACGGCUGGCUCGCUUCAGCGCAGCAGCUGGUCAGCCAGGGCGCGCUGAGUGUUGGCUACAGCUCCAAGGCGCCCGCGCUGGAGACGGUGCAGUCCGGCAAGGAAGCUGGACCUGCUGCGGAUGCAGGCCAGCCAAUUGCGGAGGCAGACGAGUCUGGCACAGCAGGCGCCGAUCCGGCAGCAGCGGCAGCGGCCGGCGAAAUAGGAUUCGGCUACGGUGAUGUGUGCUCGUCGGAGGUGAUGCUGGAAAUGCUUCCGGAGACACCCAGCGCCACCGCCAGCAGCGGUAUGCACGCCGGCCGCCACGGCAGCGCCACCGGCCGUCGCAGUAGCGCCACCGGCCGCCGCAGCGCUUCCAGCACUGGGGGCUGUGCGUUUCCUGUGUCCACGUCAGCAGUCGACAACGCGGGCGCUGACGUCGACAUGGAGGCGGGCGGUAGAGCUGGCGGCGUGGCGGGCGUGGGCGCGUCAGCGCAUGGAUGCAGGAAGGGCGACGAUAGCGACAGUGGGGAUGACGGCAAAAGCACCGACGGCGCGAUCAACCGCGCCGGGAGCGCAGCCCUGACGGCGCCAUCGGGCCCAUCCAUGACGCGCGCCUCGCUAAGUGGCUCCUCAGGCUCCAUGCUAGACUUCCUGCGGUGGUGGGAGCCUCCGGCGCGCGUGCGCGCCGCCCUCAGCACCGAUGUCAGCCGCCGGCAUGUGCACGCGGCUUCUCGGAGCAGGCACACGUCGGGCGGCGACGACAGUCACGAUGAGGGCGUGGUCACAGGCGUUCCGCUGCGUGUGCUUGGCGUGCACCGCUCAAACACUGAGGGGGAGCUCGAAGGCAACGACGAGGACUGGACGGGCGCCGCCGGGGCGGGCGAGUUCAUGGUCAGCCGCUCGCGACCCAGCGUCAGCUACCGAAAGACGGUGAACGCUGUGUACCCUGACGGCACGUGGGAGGCGGUGCUGGCACAGCACUACGCGGUACUGGUCACGGACGUCAAAGAGCUGCCGCCCAGGAAGCGCAAGGACACCAACAAGAAGAAUGAUGACGCGGCGAAUGACGAGGGCCACGAGGCGACUGUGGAUUUAGGAGCACAUAGUGACAUGGCGAAGUCGGCGGAGGGCGCCGCGGCAGUGGCAGUUGCGGUGACGGACGCCGCAAGCAGGCAGCCUUCGAGCGUGCGCCCGACGCCCAAGCACCGCAGCAGCUUCCUGCCGUCCUGCCUGAUCAGCUGGUGCACUUUUGGGUACGGCACGCAAGCCGCGACGCGUUGGUUAGGCAUCGGCAGCGGGCGACGCACCGCCGCCGGGUCAGUCGCCGGCUCGGAGGAUUCCUUCAUGCACCCGAACCCGGCCAGCAGUGGUCCCAUGCACCAUGCCAUUACUGUUGGUGUGGGGCCCAACAGCUUCCAUUCUCGCAAUAGCAGCUUUGGCUCGCCUAAUCACAACCGGCGCAGCAGCUCGGGUGCCCGCGGCGCCGUAGUUCCCGGCCAUCGCCGCGCCCGCAGCAGCGGAGGCGGGGGCGGCAGCAUUGGUGGCGCCGGCACGGGCUUUGCAGCCGGCAGCUUCGGCAGCGGCGGCGCAGGGGUGGGCGCGAGUGCGUACGGUGUCGUUCAUGCGGCGCAGCACCACGGACCAGGCGCGCUUGGCGCUGUCGCGGGGCCGGGCGGCCACGGCACUCCACGACAGCUUUCACAGCAGCAGCUGCAGCAGGGUGCUGCGUCGGGCUCACAGCACAGCCUCGCAGCUGCCGCCGCCGCCAACGCCGGCGCCGCGUCAGCGGCAGGCGGCGUGGCAGGCCACGCGGAAUCCGGCGUGCCGCUGCCGCCGCUGGUCCUGCCGUCUAUCGACGAGCAACCGUCGCUGACAGUUUCACCAAACGGCACUGGGAUUGGUGCGCAGCCUACGGAGGGGGCCGGACCAGGCGCUACGGCCUUUCCGGUGCCGCGACACACGCGCGCAGCCAGCGCACCCCGCUCUGCGGACUUUUCCGCUGGCUCAGGAGCAAGCGCCGGCGUGGCCCUGACGCCGCCGCGUCAACACAACACUGCGGGCGGCAGCGAGGGCGGUCCUGUGCCGCGACUGUCCUUUAACGGCUCUCUGGGCGGGGCGGGCACCGCAGGCGCAGUUGCUGCCGUUGGCAGCGGCAGUGUUGGCAAAGGCAAGUCGCCGCGCGCCAGCGCUGUUGCACUGUCGCGCGCGACGCGCUUCGGUAGCUCCAAGCCCAAGUUUAUGCAGCUGCUAGAGCAGAUGGCAGAACAGGCCAAUGAGCGUAGCACCAGCGGGCCGCAUUCGCGAGACCAGCAGCACCCCCAGCGGCCGGGCUCCGCUGACCCUGCAGGGCGCGCCCGCGCGUCGCCGCACGUACUCGCGUCUCCUGCGCAUACGGCGGGGCACCCCUCCGGACCCAGUAGCAGGGCCAGCAGCGGGCGCGGCAUGGCGGGCUCGGCCGCGGAAGGCGGCGCCCGCAGCAGCAGUCUGAAGAGUCUGGGCGUUGGUGGUGGCUCCGGGUCUGCGGAGCACCAUGGCGCUCAGGCACCUGCCGCCAGCCGGCUGGGACCUGGUGGCAGCCUGCCGCGCGGCCCUGGCCCUGUUGCCGAGGCAGCGGAGGCAGAGCUGGAGCCGGAGCCGGUCAACGCCGCCUCCUACGCCCGCACCCAUGCCUCUGCCCAGGGCGCGCCAGGGGCGCCGGAGGGUGCCGCAGAGGAAGCAGCCAGGGCCGAGGCAGGCCAGGCUGGCAGCGCUGCAGCACCUGUAGCUGUAGCUGUAGAUGGCUCCCGCGAUGUGUCGGGCAGCUCGGCUCAGUUCAAGGACGCUGUGAGCCACGCCUCUUCGCUGCGCCGCCGCCGAACCGGCGCCGACAACGCCAACGACGAGGUCGAGGACGGCGCCAACGGCUUGAACCGCGCCAGCGGCAGCAGCGUAGCGCGCAGCCGCCGCACCAUCGCAAGCGAUGUCAGCGGCAGCGGCCGCUCCCAGGGCAGCAGCGCUGCAGCGGCCGACGCCUCUGCCAGGGCGCUCGCUCGCUGGGACUUUGUGCGCGAGGCAAUCCUUGAUGGCCGUGUGACGGAACUGCCGUACCGCAUGCGCUACAGCGUGGUGUCGGCGACCUUUGCACGCAUGUUCCCAGACGAGUUUGAUCGGGCCAUUCCGGUGAUCAACCACAAGGAGGUGGACCUGCUGCUGAUGCGCGCAGACCAGCACAUGGCGCAGUAUGAGUACGCCAAGGCCUGGGAGCGGCACAACGCGGGCAAGGAGCUGAUUGGGCGCACCGGCUUUCUGGGUCUGACGGGCGACAAGGUGCGGCUCAAGCACUACCACCUGCAGCAGGUCAAGAAGAUCAUGGAGGAGGUCCGGGUGGCGCGCCAGCGGGCAUUCGACACGCAGCACACGCCCUCCUGGUUCGUGUUCUUCCGCACGCAGCGGGCUGCGGCCGUGGCGGCGCAGUGUGUGCUGCACGCCGAGGACAACCGCCAGUUCAGGGUGCACCCGGCACCGGGGCCUGAGGAGGUGAACUGGUCUGCGCUGUGGAGCGACUACCGCUCCCGUGACCUGCGCCGCAACCUCACGCGGCCUCUCAGCAUUCUGGUGGUGCUCUUCCCCAUCGGCAUUUUCACCGGCGGCCUCAUGCAGCUCGACUACCUGCUGUGCCCCCAGCACAAAUGCGACGAGCUGAAGCAGACUGACCCGACCGCUUGGGAGGAGCAAUGCAACAACGACGGCCGGCAGCAGAUAACGUGGGACUGGUAUUGCCUGCAGUCCGACCCCGUGUCGCAGCUGCUGCGCCGACUGGUCGUCGGCUGGCUGCCUGCACUGCUCAUCAACCUGUGGCAGGGCAUGGUCCUGCCGCUGGUCUUCACGCUCGUUGUGCAGGCCAGCCGCCAAGCACGCUCUCUGUCCGAAGCGGACCGCAGCGUCGCCAAGUACAUCUUCUACUUCGACGUGUUCAACGUCUUCCUUGGCGGCGUUGUGGGCAGCACAAUCAUCCAGGGAGUCAACAGCGCCGUCAAUGCGGGCCCCGGCGAGAUCUUCAAGUUGGUCGGCACGUAUCUGCCAACCAGCUCAAACUUCUUCAUCAGCUUGGUUAUGUUCAGGGCGCUGGUUGCGGUCCCGCUACGCAUGCUCUGGCCGCACAUUGGCAUCCGCAUGUACCUGCUGCGCCGCUACCUGCGCUUCCGCUGCUGGACCACAAAACGCGAGAAGGCGUUUCUCAUGGCGCCGGUGUCGCCCCGCUACGGCUUCGAGGUGGGCAUGGUGCUGCUGAUCUUCCUGAUUGCCUUCGCCUUUGCCGUGGUGUCGCCCAUCCUGCUGCCCAUGGCGCUGGUCUUCUUCGCAAUGGCCUGGCUGUUCUGGCGCUGGGCGCUGCUGUACGUGUACGUGCGAAAGUACGAGGGCGGCGGCACCAUGUGGCCCUUCAUCUUCGCGCGCGUCAUGGUGUGCAUGGCCAUCUUCCCGCUGUUCACGGCUUGCGUGUUCGUCACGAAGGAAGCCUACAUCCAGGCUAUUCUGCUGUUCGUGACGGUGCCGCCCAUGCUCAUCCGCUUCAACAGCUUCUGCUACUACAGGUACGAGCUGGGUCUGCGCGCCUCCAUCCCGUUGGAGGCGGCGGUGACGGGCCCUCACGCGCGGGUUGAUCCCUGGGUUUACAUGCCGCCCCCGCUGCUGACUCAGCUGGCGGGCUGGAACACCGACUGGCCCAAGGCCUGGCAGGGCUGGAACAUGCCUCUGAUGUACGUGUGAGGGGACGGGACGGAGUGGAAGGACAAGGGAGAUGGGAGGAGGAAGGCAUACUGGGACAUGGAACAGGAACUGGGGCUCUCACGUGACGUGGCGUUGGAGCUCCGCCGAGGAAUGGCCGCAUGGAGACCGAGUACAGCUUCUAAGAGCUCGUCAAACUGCGUACUGCCUGUGGUACAUAUGCCCAUUUUUAUGCGCGAUAGAAAUCCGUCCAGACAGAGUCGGCUGGCGCAAGUGCCGGGCUGUAUAUGUGAGGCCUGUUAUUUACGGUCCUUGCCGGCGGACUGUCACUGACAGACCGGCCGUUCAGUUUUGGGACCUGUUGCAUGUGCAUGGCACUGGAAGCGGACACUGCGCAUAAUAAAGCCAGGGCGUGCAACAGGAAAGGAUUACCGCGUCGAGCUUAGAGCUCCAGGAGAAGUGAAAAGGCCGCGGUGCUGUAAAUGAAGUGGCACGGCCUCGUCAAGCUUAGUUUUGUGCAGUGACUUAGGCCGGUUGCAUGCAAGUGAUUGUUCGUGAGCCGACUGUGCGGGUACCGCCUGUUCGUGCGAAUAAAAUAACUGGACUGCUGGUGGUGACUAACGGUUGUCCCGGUAUAGAGUUUGAAUGCCCUACCACCAGGCAGUACCAUACCGUAUCGCAGGGGCGCAGUACCCGUCUCAGGGCUUGCCGGCUUGUCCGUCUCAGGGCUGCUGGCGCUUGCCGUGUCCGAGAGAGCAGCCCCCAGAGCCACAGGCAAAGUGGGACGCACACAACAUGUAAUGCCGGAUCCGC